CCAGUGAAUUGGACUGCUUCUGAAGAAACUAGGGAUAGUGAGGAUCAAGGUUCAACCGAGAUGCUCUGAUGAAUGUCCAGCCAAAUCUUGGAACAAUGAAAAUUAUUUUAAAGGGAGAGCAGAAGAACAGAUUGAAGACAUUAGACUAGAAAUCCCUUCAAUGUUCCAUCUGAACUUUGUUGUAAAACUUUCCUCUGAUCCAUUAUGAGGACAACUAAUAGAGAUCUACAAGCUACAUAUCUACAGAAUGCUUUCAUAAUUGUAGCAAACCUAAUUAUUUAUACCUUGAAAGCAAUAGCAGCAUUGUUCACCAAUACAUCCAGGCCUCCUUGUUUACUCUUCAAGUAAUCUUUAAAAGCAUUCACACUUUCUUGAGCUUCAACUGCAGCUUGGCCUCUUCCUACGUCUCUAGCUGUAAGAUAGACAUCACCGUCGUACUUUUGACAAAGCCCUUUCACGAUUGCGAAUCCGAUGCCUUUAUUGCUUCCAGUUACCUGUUAAUGCAAUAAUUGUGAUGAAACCAGUAAUUGUAUAAGCAUUUGUAACUUACUACAGCCACUUUUCUCAUUGAGGACAUAUUUAAAAAAAAUUUCGUUUUGCUACAAAAUAUUUACUACCAGACAGCUGUUAUAGUGAGGUUUUGGGUGGUUUUUCAUUCAUUAUUUCUCAUUCAUACUAUUGUAGAGGAUAAGUGUAAAUAAAGAAAUCUUUCUUCAUUCAUAUAGUGAUGUCUCCUAGAAAAAUAGCUAUUGUCACAGGAGGCAAUAAAGGCAUAGGCUUUGCCAUAGUCAAAGGCCUAUGUGAAAAAUUUGCCGGAGAUGUUUACUUAACUGCCCGAAACAUUACCAGAGGCCAAGAAGCUGUAGCUAAACUAAAAACUUUAGGAUUCAACCCUUUAUUCCACCAAUUAGACAUUACAAAUGAGGAAAGUGUUUCAGCUUUCAGAGAUUACAUUAAAACAAAUAAUAUCUUGAUUGAUGUUUUGGUGAAUAAUGCUGGUGUUUUUGCAAGUCCCACACUGUCAAUGGGCGAACAAGCAGAAAUUAAUGUAAUGGUAAAUUAUUUUGGAACUUUGAAAGUAUGCCAAGGCUUAUUUCCUUUUCUACGAGAAAAUGCUCGAGUUGUUAAUAUUUCAAGUUCCUCAGGGCGGUUGUUAAGAAUUCCUGGCACUGAUAUCCAAGCUAAAUUUAAAGACCCCAAUUUAAGUAUUGAGGGCUUAAACAAGUUAAUGAAGCAAUACAUACAAGAUGCAAAAGACAACACAUAUCAAUCUAAAGGCUGGGGUGAAAAUGCUUAUGUAGUUUCAAAAGUAGGCUUAACAGCACUAAGCAAUAUUCAACAAAAGGAAUUUGACCAGAAACCGCAUCUUAAUAUUUCAGUAAAUGCUGUUCAUCCUGGUUAUGUGGAUACAGACAUGACAAGCCACAAAGGCCAUUUAACUAUUGAAGAAGGAGCUAAAGCCCCUUUAUUUCUAGCUCUUAAUGCCAAACUCAAAGGCAAAUAUGUUUGGUUUGAUUGUCGUGUAGUAGAUUGGGAUGGACCUGCACCACAAUAAUAAUUGUAAAUAAAACUUCUAUCAAUUUUUAUUUAAUUUGAAAAUUUAAUCAAUAAACAACAAUCCAAAAAAAUGUAUUCAGACUUGUUAACAAUUAUUGCUAUAUUAAUAUUGCUAGCACACACUAUUUACAUUAUCCUAGGUUUUUUACAGGCACUUUCUGUACUGGUAACUAUUUCAGGGGCAAUAUUUUUCAACAAACUCUGCUUACUGUAGCUCCCAAAUAGUGUUGUAAGCAAAGAUACCCCAUAACCAGUAGCUCGUUCACCCUAUGAACAGGAUAAGCCAUAUCCACGUGAAUCCAAGUACCAGAAAAAUCAAAGCCCAAAUGCGCUGCUAUAAAUAGCCCCGCACAACUAGCUUGAGCAUUGUUUCUGUCUGCCACCGAAUUCUUCAUAUCUGCCAGAGCGGAAGCGAACUCGGAGAAAUGUAGUUCUGGACAAAACGGAAUGGGAAACACUAAAUCUCCAGAGGAUAGGCCGGCUUUUUGCACUGUAGAUUCCCAUGCGCCGUUGUUAGUUAAGACUGCUCCAUGGUAUUUACCAAGAGCUAUA